AUGUCCUCAAAAAUCACAGUUAAGAAUCCCAUCGUGGAGAUGGAUGGUGAUGAGAUGACCAGAAUUAUCUGGAAGUUCAUCAAGGACAAGCUCAUCACUCCAUAUUUGGACGUGGAUUUAAAGUACUACGAUCUUGGAAUCGAGUACCGUGAUCAGACUGAUGACAAAGUCACCACCGAUGCUGCUGAUGCUAUUCUCAAGUAUGGAGUUGGUGUCAAGUGUGCUACCAUUACUCCCGAUGAGGCUCGUGUGAAAGAAUUCAACCUUAAAAAAAUGUGGCUUUCUCCCAAUGGAACUUUGCGUAAUAUUCUCGGAGGAACUGUUUUCAGAGAACCAAUUGUGAUUGACAACAUUCCAAGAGUUGUGCCCACAUGGGAACAGCCCAUCAUCAUUGGUCGUCAUGCUUAUGGUGAUCAGUACAAGGCAACCGAUGUUGUGAUUCCGCAGGCUGGAGAAUUGAGCUUGGUGUUCAAGCCGGCAGACGGUUCUGAGACGAAAACCUAUCCAGUUUUCAACUAUAAGGCUCCCGGAGUGGCACUUUCGAUGUACAACACCGAUGAGUCCAUCACUGAUUUCGCCGAAUCGUCGUUCCAAUUGGCGUUGCAGCGUAAGAUGAAUUUGUUUUCUUCGACCAAAAACACCAUUCUCAAACGUUACGAUGGAAGAUUUAAGGAUAUCUUUGAGGGUUUGUACGAGUCCAAGUAUAAGAAACUCUUUGACGAGGCAGGAAUCUGGUACGAACACAGACUUAUUGAUGACAUGGUGGCUCAGAUGUUGAAGUCCAAGGGUGGCUAUAUCAUUGCCAUGAAGAACUACGAUGGAGAUGUGCAAUCAGACAUUGUUGCACAAGGUUUUGGAUCGCUUGGUUUGAUGACUUCGGUGUUGAUGACUCCAGAUGGAAAGGCAUUCGAAGCCGAAGCUGCUCAUGGAACCGUCACCCGUCAUUACAGACAACACCAACAAGGCAAGGAGACGUCGACAAACUCCAUUGCUUCCAUAUAUGCUUGGACGAGAGGAAUUAUUCAAAGAGGUAUUCUUGACGAAACCCCAGAAGUAGUGAAGUUUGGUGAGGCAUUGGAGAAGGCUGUGAUUGACACAGUAUCCAAGGACGGAAUCAUGACCAAGGACCUUGCUUUGACCCAGGGUAAGACCGACCGCUCGUCGUAUGUUACUACUGAAGAGUUUAUUGAUGCAGUCAAGGUGAGAUUAGACAAGAACCUUGCUAAAUAG